CACUAUUUUUGUUACAAUUUUAGUUUUGUGUAGCUGCUCUCUCUUUAUUCUCUCGUUUUUAAUGUGAUAAACUAAUUUAAAGUGUCAAACAUUUACAAUUUCUUUGCGUUACUAAGCACGUUGCUUAAAACUUGCAAAAAGUAAAAAGAAAUUUGCAUUUUGUGUUGUGCAGCACUUGUGAAGAAGACUGCAUUGGAAUGCAGCUGUUCGUUGUAUACGCGCAGUAGUGACACUUGCGAUAUUUGCUAGCUGGCAACUCUGCUGCUGAAGAGUUGUCUGCAAGACAUUUUUCUUGUGGCUCCGUCGGUGUGAGAAAAAGUGAAAAAAUCCAAUAUUAAUUGAGUGCGGGUGCUGUACGUUAGAGAGAAUAUGUCCUGCGCUGCGACCUUAACAGCGGCGAAAGACUCAACAAAUGCGGCUGCCAGCGGAGCAUCUUCUGCCUCAGCCACUUCGGCUUCCUCCACAGUGGGUGUGGUAGUCAGCGGCGGUGGUGGCGGCGGAGGCAGCAGCAGCGCUGUCGCAGCUGGUGUGGGCAACGGGAGCAGCGGGGGCGGCAGUGCAGGUAUUGCUGCUGGCUCGGCCGCAGCUGUCGCUCGACGCUUUUCCAUGGAAGGAGUUGGGGCUCGUGUCAUACGCGGUCCAGACUGGAAGUGGAACAAGCAGGAUGGCGGCGAGGGUCACGUGGGCACCGUACGCAACUUUGAAUCCGCCGAGGAAGUUGUCGUCGUCUGGGACAACGGCACAGCGGCCAACUAUCGCUGUGCCGGCGCCUACGAUUUGCGUAUUCUGGACAGCGCUCCGACGGGAGUGAAGCAUGAGGGCACCAUGUGCGACACCUGCAGACAGCAACCCAUCUUUGGCAUACGCUGGAAGUGUGCCGAGUGCAUCAACUACGAUCUGUGCUCGAUUUGUUAUCACGGCGACAAGCAUCACUUGCGUCAUCGCUUCUACAGGAUUAGCACACCGGGCGGUGAACGUGCGAUGCUCGAACCACGUCGCAAAUCCAAAAAGGUACUGGCACGUGGCAUUUUCCCAGGCGCACGUGUUGUGCGUGGCGUCGACUGGCAGUGGGAGGAUCAGGACGGAGGCGUCGGACGGCGUGGCAAAGUCAAUGAGAUACAGGAUUGGUCGUCGGCCUCGCCACGGUCUGCGGCCUAUGUCAUCUGGGACAAUGGCUCGAAGAAUCUGUAUCGCGUGGGCUUCGAGGGAAUGGCCGAUCUGAAGGUUGUCAAUGAUGCCAAGGGCAGCAAUGUGUAUCGCGAUCAUUUGCCGCUGCUGGGCGAGAAUGGACCGGGCAAGGGGCCCCAUGGCUUUCAAAUUGGCGAUAAGGUCACCGUCGAUUUGGAUCUGGAGAUUGUGCAAUCCCUGCAGCAUGGACACGGCGGCUGGACCGACGGCAUGUUCGAGUGCCUCAGCAAUGCCGGCAUGGUCGUGGGCAUCGAUGAGGAUCACGACAUUGUUGUAGCCUACAACUCGGGCAAUCGUUGGACAUUCAAUCCAGCCGUGCUCACCAAGGUGUCGUCACCAACGACUGCGCCACCCGAGUUCCAAGUGGGCGACAUUGUCAAGAUCUGUUCGGAUGUGGAAAGCAUCAAGAUGCUGCAACGUGGCCAUGGCGAAUGGGCUGAUGCCAUGCAGCUGACGCUGGGCAAAAUUGGACGUGUGCAGCAGGUGUACCAUGACAAUGACCUCAAGGUGGAGGUGGGCAAUACUUCGUGGACUUACAAUCCCCUGGCUGUCUGCAAGGUGCUGUCGACUGGUGCCGCAGGUGCUGCCACUAAUGCGACUGGCGACGGCAAUUGUGCCCCGGUUAUUCCCAGUGGCGAACGUUUAUCCGCCAUACUGAAGAAGCUCUUCGAGCCGAAUGUAUCGGGUGAUGCCACGGAGGAGUUUGUCAAGGCUGCCGCCAAUGGAUUUGCCUCCCGCUGUGAGGAGUAUUUGGCUGGCGCUGGACAGCCUUCGACUUCAAGCGCUGCAGCUGCUGCGGCAGCAGGAAGUCCCAGUGGCGUUGCAGUACCAGAGGUGAAUGUGAAUGGCGUCUUUGCGGGUCACACAGCACUGCAGGCGGCCAGCCAGAAUGGACAUAUCGAGGUCAUUCAAGUGCUGUUGCGUCAUGCCGUCGACGUGGAGAUUGAGGACAAGGACGGCGAUCGUGCUGUGCAUCAUGCCGCCUUUGGUGAUGAGGCGGCUGUCAUUGAGAUUUUGGCCAAGGCUGGAGCGGAUUUAAAUGCGCGCAACAAGCGUCGCCAGACAUCGCUGCAUAUUGCCGUCAACAAGGGGCAUUUGAAUGUGGUGAAGACGCUGCUCACGCUUGGCUGCCAUCCCAGUCUGCAGGACUCUGAGGGCGAUACGCCGCUACACGAUGCCAUAUCGAAGGAGCACGAUGAGAUGCUGUCGCUCCUGCUGGACUUUGGCGCCGACAUCACGCUGAACAACAACAACGGCUUCAAUGCCUUGCAUCAUGCAGCGCUCAAGGGGAAUCCGAGCGCAAUGCGCAUACUAUUGACGAAAACAAAUCGUCCCUGGAUUGUGGAGGAGAAGAAGGACGAUGGAUAUACCGCACUUCAUUUGGCGGCACUCAACAAUCAUGUGGAAAUCGCCGAGCUACUCGUUCACAUGGGUAAAGCCAAUAUGGAUCGACAGAAUGUGAAUCUGCAGACGGCUUUGCACUUGGCCGUGGAGCGUCAGCAUGUGCAGAUUGUCAAGCUGUUGGUGCAGGAUGGCGCCGAUUUGAAUAUUGCCGACAAGGAUGGUGAUACACCUCUGCAUGAGGCACUGCGUCAUCACACGUUGUCGCAGCUGAAGCAGCUACAGGAUGUCGAAGGAUUUGGCAAGCUGUUGAUGGGAUUGCGCAAUGCCAAUAACAAGAAGGCAUCAGCAUCGAUUGCUUGCUUCUUGGCCGCCAAUGGCGCUGACUUGACACUCAAGAAUCGCAAGCUGCAGACGCCAUUGGAUCUGUGCCCAGAUCCCAAUCUGUGCAAGACGCUGCUAAAGUGCUACAACGAGCGCAAGACCGAUGAUGCCGAGUUGCCCGGCAAUGUGGCGGGUACCAGUCUUAAUGCACGGGCUCGUGCCCAAAGCGCUGCAGCAGCUGGUGGAGGAGGCAGCGCUGGAGGAGUUGCAGCUGGCAUGCAUCAGUCGGCCACAGCGAAUAUACCGCUCAAUACCGUGGCAUCGGGCAGCGCCUUCAAUCUUAAUGGUCUGGCUGCGGACAUGGCGCAAUCACAGCACGCAGAGUCGAGCAGCAGUCGCAAGAAUAGCGCAGCAGCUGGCAACAAUAACACAAAGCCGGCCAGCUUGGAGGAGUGUCUGGUGUGCUCGGAUGCCAAGCGCGAUACCGUCUUCAAGCCCUGCGGCCAUGUCAGCUGCUGUGAGACUUGUGCGCCGCGUGUCAAGAAGUGUCUCAUUUGCCGUGAAACCGUCGCAUCGCGUGAGAAGAUUGACGAAUGUCUCGUCUGCUCCGAUCGUCGUGCGGCUGUCUUCUUUCGUCCAUGCGGUCACAUGGUUGCCUGCGAGCAUUGCAGUGCACUGAUGAAGAAGUGUGUGCUCUGUCGCACCCAAAUCGAUGAGAUGCUCUCGUUUACGCUGUGCUGCGGCGGCAAUGGAACCGCCGAGAAGGUCAGCAUUGCUGGCACCGCUUCCCUUACGGUCAGCGAAGAUAAGUUCAUUGAGCCACCAUGUGUGAAUACCUCGGGACAUAGCGUGGCAAUGAAUAAUACGGUGGUUACUCCGGUGGCUGGUGGUGGCAACAACAGCACCAACAACGGCAGCAAUCAAUUGAAUAGCCAGAACAAUUUGUUAGCUGCUGCAGCAGCUGCGAAUAUUAAUAAUGCGCCAGCGACUGGCAUGCUGGCGCCCUCGAAUGUCAACAAUUUCCAAAUGGACGAUGUGCAGAAGCUCAAACAACAGCUGCAAGACAUCAAAGAACAGACCAUGUGCCCCGUUUGCUUCGAUCGCAUUAAGAAUAUGGUAUUUCUCUGUGGACACGGCACCUGUCAAAUGUGCGGCGAUCAAAUCGAAGGUUGCCCCAUUUGCCGCAAGACAGUGGAGAAGCGCAUCUUGUUGUUCUGAAGGACAACAAUGCACCCAACUAGAUGUCAUGUUGGC